AUGAGUACUACGACACAGAGAUGGCUACGACAAAACGUCAGCUCAUAUACUCACAAGGAUCGUGUCCUUCUUGACUUUGAUACUGCUCUCGACCGUUUCACAUCUCUACGUCCAAAGUCAGAUGUCUACACUUAUGAUGAUGGUCGAACUCAACUUCUACUAUGUCUGCAUGGCGUCUUACCAAUAUCCUUUCGAGGCGCUUCAUAUAAUAUCCCCAUCGCUGUUUGGGUCACAAAAGAGUAUCCCCGCCAGCCCCCAAUAGUGUAUGUUGUUCCAACACAGGACAUGCUCGUUAGACCGAGUAAGCACGUUGAUGUGAGUGGCCAAUGUAAAAUUGAAUAUAUCCAACACUGGGAAAAAAAGAGCGAGGCAUGUAAUCUAUCAGCUUUACUCGAAGCAUUGCAACAAGAGUUCUCCCGUGGUCCGCCAGUCUACGCCAAACCAAAAACAAUUACAGUUCCAAUCCCACCAUCGUCGCCGUCACCUUUACAGGAAUCUAGUGCCUCAUCACCUUCCCGCGUUGCCCUAGGCAAUGAUCGACCGGCGCUUCCACCAAAACCUAAUUCAUCAGCACAUUCACUAUUGUCACCGAAGCCUGCGAUAGUCGCAGCUCCCAUUGCUUCUCCUCAAUACUCUUCUACUGCGAAUUUGCUCAAUCGGCCACCACCGGCUCUACCCUCUGCUCAAUCACCCCAAAUCACAGGACCUCCAACUUACAGCCGCCCUUCCUAUCAGCACACGCUCAGAAACCAUAAUGACGGCACUGUACCUGUAGCAGGUCCCGCUCUGCCACCGGAUCAUGACAACCGCUGGUCCGUACCACUCGCUGGCCAAGCUAUAUCCGGUCAAUUGAAUCAAUCACGCGCCCCAAACACGCCAUCACCUCCAGUUCCUUCACAGCAUUUACAGGGGGCACCCAACUUGCGGCAGAGGCCGACUGCCAACCUCCUAGAUGAUGAAACUGCCGAUUCGUCACCUUCUGUGCUACAGGUUCCCACGGUAGCACCGCCACGACCACCGAACCCAGAGUUGCUCCGCCUGCAUGCGCAAGUACACGACAAGAUCGCGUCGGAGCUUGCUUCUCUCUCUCAUGUCAUGCUUCUGGACGGUGAACGUCUGCGAGCGCAGCAAACCGACCUUCUUACCGGAGAACCCGCAAUCCGGGAUGAGAUGGCGCGACUAGAAGCCGUGCGAGAUGUUUGUAAUAAUGUUUCUAGCAGACUGCGGAAUACUGUCGAUCAAGGGGAGCGUAACAUCGCUGAAUUGCGAAGGAAGGGAGAUCCAGAAGUCGAUGAAUUGAUCUGUUCCACAAGCAUAGUACAUAACCAGCUCAUCAACUUGGUCGCUGAAGAUAAUGCUAUAGAAGAUAGCAUCUAUCAUCUCCAUAGGGCUCUGAACACCGGACGUAUUGAUCUAGAACGUUUUUUGAGGAGUACGCGUGUACUCGCAGAAGAACAGUUUACAAAGAGGGCACUGAUAGAAAAGAUCCAGCAUGGGAUUCCAACGGCAUCCUACAGUUAA